AUGAAGGCACUCAUUCUUGUUGGAGGGUUUGGGACUCGUUUGAGGCCUUUAACGCUCAGUGUACCAAAGCCACUGGUUGAUUUUGCUAACAAACCCAUGAUACUGCAUCAGAUUGAAGCCCUCAAAACAAUUGGAGUCACUGAAGUGGUUUUGGCAAUUAACUACCAGCCAGAGGUUAUGCUGAAUUUCUUGAAAGAAUACGAGAAAAGGCUUGAAAUUAAGAUCACGUGCUCGCAGGAGACUGAGCCACUUGGAACAGCAGGUCCUUUAGCUCUAGCUAGAGAAAAGCUCAUUGACGAUUCUGGUUUGCCUUUUUUUGUUCUUAACAGUGAUGUUAUAAGUGAGUAUCCAUUAAAACAAAUGAUUGAAUUUCACCAAGGCCAUGGAGGGGAGGCAUCCAUUAUGGUAACCAAGGUGGAUGAACCUUCAAAGUAUGGUGUGGUGGUUAUGGAAGAAACUACCGGGAAGGUUGAGAAAUUUGUAGAGAAGCCAAAAAUAUUUGUUGGUAACAAGAUCAAUGCUGGAAUCUACUUGUUGAACCCCUCUGUUCUUGAUCGGAUUGAAUUGAGGCCCACCUCAAUAGAGAAAGAAGUCUUCCCAGAGAUUGCAGCAGAGAAUAAGCUAUAUGCCAUGGUCCUGCCUGGGUUCUGGAUGGACAUUGGACAGCCUAAAGACUACAUUACAGGUCUGAGACUAUACCUGGAUUCUUUGCAGAAAAAUUCCUCUCCAAAACUAGCCACUGGGCCACACAUUGUUGGAAAUGUUUUGGUUGAUGAGAGUGCUGUAACUGGAGAAGGAUGUCUAAUCGGACCAGAUGUAGCAAUUGGCCCAGGUUGUGUAAUAGACUCAGGAGUUAGGCUUUCCUGCUGCACUGUAAUGCGGGGAGUGCAUAUCAGGAAGCAUGCUUGCAUCUCCAAUAGUAUCAUUGGAUGGCAUUCAACUGUGGGGAGAUGGGCUCAUGUAGAGAACACGACAAUCUUAGGAGAAGAUGUUCAUGUUGGCGAUGAAGUUUACAGUAAUGGGGGUGUUGUCCUGCCUCAUAAGGAAAUAAAGUCUAGCAUUUUGAAGCCAGAAAUUGUCAUGUGA